AUGCAGGCCGGAACUGGGGUUCGCGCGAGACUCCCGGCCCCUGCCCUGGGGCCCGCGGGGCCUCCGCCUUACCCUCGCUCUGGAUCUGUUUCCCUGUCGUCUUCGUCUGUCGUCUCGUCUUCGCGCUCGUCGUUCCUUCCUUCUGCGCAGUCCGCCUUGUCUCACCUUUUUGCGACGUCUGCGGCUCCUUCCGGUCCGGCUGCAUCUCUCUCGUCUUUCCGCGGGGGCGAAGGCUGGCCUCCGAGCGGCGCAGCCCCGCAUGUGAUGAUUCAGUGUCAAGGCCGGCGGAUUCUGCAGACCUCGGGGGCCGCUGUGCCUCAGAGUCACGUCUCCGCUGGAAGCUCGGAACCGGGUCUUUCUGGGCAGCUCGCCCUUCUUCGUCCGCUGACGCUGACUGCGUCCCCGUUUACACCUCAGUUCACAGUCUCUCCUCCGACGCCGCCUCGCUCCGCUGCAACCUCGCACACCGUCCUGCCCGCUGCCUCUUCGUCCAGAGGGUCUCCUCGGCGAGCGAGGCCGAGUGCUUCCGGACCCGAAACAGUAUCUUCGUCUCUGUCCUCUACGCUCCCUGUCCCUGCGUCGUUUCCUCUUUCCAUGUCUGCCUUUUUAUCGGGGUCGCCCCGGCUGCCCGACUCGGGGCGGUCGGCCCCUCCCUGCGCCCCCGCCGCAGCGCCGGUGCCGGCCCCGGUCUCGUCCAACGGGGUCGCAGGCGCGGCGUCUGAGGCGGGGGGGGCGCGCCGGUCGGGCGACGAGCCGGGGGGGGAGGUGCCGAGCGAGCUCGGCAUCUCGGAGCUCGCUGCAAGUCCGGGAGAAAGCUCAACGUUCGCUGAGGAGAAUCUCCACCCUCUGCGGCGAGCCUGGGUGGGGUGGCGCUGCCUGUGCUACGCGGACCCGCCGCCGGGGACGACGCCGCUGGAGCGGUUUCGCGUGAACGAGGGCAUUUCUCACAUCGUCGGCUUCGGCGCAGAGACCUGCGUGCUCUCAGACAGCGCAGAGGACACAGAGGGCAGCGAAGACGACGAGACGCGGAGGGAGUUCCGCCCCGAAGAUGAGCAGGCCAGCAACGCCGCGUGGGACGCGGGCGCCCAGCUGAGGAAGAGGCGGCGCGCGGGAGAGGCAGAAAGAGAGAAGAAAAGAAGGCAAAAGACGAGUGCCAUGUGGGCAGUGCGCUCCGGUGGCGAGAGACUCGCCCGGGAUCUGCUGCUCACUCGUCAAACUGGAGGCCCCUUCGAGAAAGAAAUCCUCGAGUUCCUUGGGAGGCAGCACGUUCACCGGAAUCACGCAUUCGAUCAAGUCCUUGCGGAGCUCGAAGCAGAGCGCCUGAGGUACGAGGAGAGUGCAUGCCUGUCGAGCCCAGCGGGGCUGGGGACUUCCGGCAGAAGCCGCGCGAGGCCAUCGGCAGGCCCCGACGCCUCCAAUAUUGCCGAAGUCGAUCAGGAGGCAGUCGCCGCUGCGCUCAGCAGCAUGCCGUCGAUGCGGCAGUUUGCGGAGACUGUGCGGCUUGAGGCGCUCGAGCGCGACCUAGAGAGCCGCCUGAGCGCCUGCGAAGCGAGGAAAGCGAAGCUGAAAACUCUCUGCGCGAAGGCGCGGAAAGAGAGAGAGUGUGUUCACCAAGAGCAUGAAGAGUUGACGGCAAAAGAGAGAAGGAAACUCGACCGGGAGCAGAGCGCGACCCAGGACUCGCCGUUCCGACCGUCCUCGUGA